AUGGUGACCAGAGGACAGGCCACGCCCACCAGGGUAUCUAGGGACAGGGUUGGUUGGGACUCCCCGGCUUUGAGAGUUGGAAGUCCUUGGGUUGAGGAUGGGCCCACUGAUGACGCGCUGAAGGUGCAGAGGAAGGCCUCGGCGUUGAAGGGGGCCCAGGAUGUGCCAGGCAGGGUCCAGGGAACAAGUUUCCGAGGUUGGAAAGAUGUGACUUCUCUGUUUAAUAAAGAUGAUGAACAACAUCUGCUUGAAAGAUGUAAAUCUCCCAAGUCCAAAGGAACUAACUUACGAUUAAAAGAAGACUUGAAGUCAGAGAAGAAAUCUGGAUUUUGGGACAAUUUGGUUUUGAAACAGAACACACAGUCUAAGAAACCAGAUGAGAUUGAAGGUUGGGAACCUCCAAGAGUUGCUUUAGAAGACACAGCACCUGAUACAAGGGACACUGCAAGUGACCACCAGUGCUGGUCGGGCUGGGAGGGUGAUACAAAGGGCUCCAGCAAGUACACCAGCCUGUCUAGCCCAGCAGCCAAUUCUCGCUGGAGCCUGCGUUCAGCAGGGAAGCCGGUCAGCAUCCGGCGCCAGAGCAAGGGUCACCUGACAGACACCCCAGACGAUGUGGAGUGAGAAGGCAAGCCAUGGUGCCAAGUGUGUGCAGACCUCAUGCCACCACUGCAUAAGCUUUCAGGUUUUCCAGGCCCGGUACUCUCCUCUUCACCCUGUUCAGUUGUCAAAGCUUCCAACAGUACAGUAGGAAACCACUGCCGCAUUUCCUGUCUGAUGCCCUGUGGCCACACACUGGCUACCAUGCAGGUUUGUGUUUGGUUGCCUUAA